UAGUAGAACCAACUUCUCCGUAAGGGGGUGUUGGCAAUUUGCAGAUCGAAAUGGGAAUUGACAGGCAGGAUAAUUUCCAGAUCGCCACAAAUUCCCUUUUUUUAAAAGAUAGUUCAGUAAGAAAGAAACCUCAUCACACGUUUAUGGCUGUCGUUUCACAUUUCUCAUUUAAACCCCCUCUCCCCCCCAAUACCCAUAUACAUAUACAGGGAACUACAAAGCUUGAAAAACUAGAUACCAAGGAGUUUUCACUUCCACAAUAUGCAAACCAUCGAGGACGGAAGAGACCCACAGCAGAAUGUGGAGGAAAUAAAGCCCUUUUCAAUCGAACAGGUCUUUGAUACUAAGACGGUUCCACCAUGGAAGGAGCAGUUGACCACCAGGGCCUUCGUGGUUAGUUUAGUUCUAAGUGUUCUGUUCAGCAUCAUUGUUAUGAAGCUUAGCCUCACCACUGGAGUCAUACCUUCCCUUAAUGUCGGUGCUGGGCUUCUUGGGUUCUUCUUCGUUAAGACAUGGACCAAGUUAUUGCAGAAAUCUGGAAUGCUCAAGCACGAUUUUACUAGGCAAGAGAAUACCGUCAUUCAAACCUGUGUCGUUGCUUCCUCUGGCAUUGCCUUCAGCGGUGGUUUUGGGAGUUACCUCUUUGCAAUGAGCGAUGCUAUUGCUAAACAAUCAAAAGAAAUCAAUAAAGAACAGAACAUUAAGAACCUAUCUUUGGGAUGGAUCAUUGGGUUUCUCUUUGUUGUUAGUUUUCUGGGUCUCUUCUCUGUGGUUCCUCUUCGGAAGAUUAUGGUCAUAGACUAUAAACUGGUCUAUCCGAGUGGUACUGCAACUGCACAUCUUAUCAACAGUUUCCACACUCCACAAGGAGCAAAAUUAGCCAAGAAGCAAAUCAAGGAGUUGAACAAGUUCUUCUCAUUCAGUUUCUUGUGGGCAUUCUUCCAAUGGUUCUUCACUGGAGGGGAUGGUUGUGGAUUCUCAAAAUUCCCUACAUUUGGUCUCAAAGCAUUUGAGAGAAGAAUGUACUUCGAUUUUUCUGCUACAUAUGUUGGAACUGGGAUGAUCUGUCCUUACCUCAUAAACAUUUCUAUUUUAGUUGGAGCGAUUCUCUCAUGGGGUAUCAUGUGGCCUCUCAUUGAAACUAAAAAGGGUGAUUGGUAUCCUGCAGAUCUUCCCUCUAGCAGCUCUCAAGGCUUACAAGGUUACAAGAUUUUCAUUGCUAUUGCCAUGAUCCUAGGAGAUGGUCUCUAUAAACUAUUGAUAGUCCUCUAUCAAAUCCUCUCUAGUUUAUUUCAACAGUACUCUCAUAAAAAAACUGGAGAUCUUCCCAUUACUGGAACCUCUACUCUUGUGAACCCACAUUUCUCCUAUGAUGAUGAGCGGCGAACAGAUCUCUUUCUCAAAGAUCAAAUACCAUCUUGGGUUGCAUUAGGAGGCUAUGUUACCAUUGCUGCCAUCUCCACCAUCACACUACCUUACAUUUUUCGCCCGCUCAAGUGGUAUCAUGUCUUCAUCGUCUACAUCUUCGCACCGAUCCUAGCCUUCUGCAAUGCAUAUGGCUGUGGACUCACUGAUUGGUCCCUAGCCUCAACAUAUGGGAAGCUUGCCAUCUUUACCAUUGGUGCAUGGGCAGGGGUUGCUAAUGGUGGAGUUCUCGCAGGUCUUGCAGCUUGUGGGGUCAUGAUGAACAUUGUUGCCACAGCCUCUGAUCUCAUACAGGAUUUCAAGACUGGGUACCAAACAUUAACUUCACCUCGUUCCAUGUUUGUGAGCCAGAUUAUCGGGACUGCAAUGGGUUGUAUUAUCUCCCCUUGCAUUUUUUGGCUCUUCUAUAAUUCCUUCCAUAAUCUUGGUGUCCCAGGGUCUGAAUACCCUGCCCCAAAUGCUCUCGUCUACCGUAACAUAUCAAUAUUGGGGGUUGAGGGGUUCUCAAGCCUACCAAAGCAUUGCCUUCAGCUAUGCUAUGCCUUUUUUGCUGCAGCCAUUCUUGUGAACUUGAUUAGAUCUACAGUAGGAAAGAAAUGGGCAAAAUUUAUUCCACUCCCAAUGGCCAUGGCUAUACCAUUCUACCUUGGAGGCUACUUUGCAAUUGACAUGUGUGUUGGAAGCUUAAUACUAUUUGUGUGGGGAAAGGUUGACAAAACCAAUGCAGAAGCAUUUGGAGCUGCAGUAGCUUCUGGUUUGAUUUGUGGGGAUGGGCUUUGGAGUUUGCCCAGUUCAGUUCUUGCUUUGGCUGGGAUUCAACCACCCAUCUGCAUGAAGUUUCUCUCAAGGAAAGCAAAUGCCGGUGUUGAUAAAUUCUUAGGCUCUUAAGCCAUGCCUUAGUUUAUGUUCUAGCUCUAUAUAUAUAUAUAUAUAUAUAUUAGAAAAUAUCAUUUUAUCUUUGAAACCAUGCAAUUGUAUAUAUAAAGGUGAACAGUAAAGUUCUAAUGCAUUCGACGUUGCCAUUACUAA